AUGGAGGACAUUGGGUUUUUCGACGACUUCUCUGGCACUGUGGUCACCUUUCCGGCGAAUCAAAACACCCCUUGGACCCAAACAUGGGUCAUCGGAGAACAAAUAUCAGAGCGUUUUCACCGUGUUGACGAAGUGGAUGUGGCCCGCAAACUCGGGCCAUCGAGAGCCACGAUAGAGUUCGAAUGCCACCGCGAGAAUGACCUCAAGAAAGGCGUCAUGCGUAUCUACCUUCAAGUCCCAAACUUAAAAACGGAGUUCCGAACCCCUCAUCGCCGCGCAGAACAGGCGAUUGCAUCACCUACGCAUUUAGGGAUUGAGUCACUCAAAAAACUUCAGCUUAUGGGCUCUACCGUAGCACCGAAACUCCUCGCCGUGCACCAAGAUAAACAAAGUGACACCGGUGCUGUGCCAGGGGGAUAUAUCAAUUACCUUGUGUGGGAGAAGGUGCCCGGGGAGAGCUUCGACAUCAACUGGUUCUGGGGGCUCUCAGAUAAGUCGCGUGCUGAUAUUCGUUUGAAAUUCAAGGCGCUCUACAGUGAGGUUUUAGCGCUUGGCAUUCAGAUUUUCCCCCCAGUGCCAUCGAAAAUCAUCUACGACUUUGAGACUGCAACACAUUCUAACCUGAUUCUAUUUCGGCACCUUGGAGGUCUUGUAAUGGCCACAGAGAAGGGAGAUCCGCUGCAAUGGGAUGACAUAUUAUAUGACCAGUUUCAUCUGUUAAAUGCUCCCAAUCUGAAAAGUUACCAGGGCGGUCCCGACUGGGUCUGGUAG